GUUGGUUAGGCGAGGUUGGUUUGAUUUUUCAAGGCAAUGUCGUUCUGUAGCUAGUUGGAUUAUUAACACAAGACAUCGUCAGCCACGUGCUCCAGCUAUGUCAUUGAGUGAGAUAGUUGAAAAUGUGAAACAAGCGAGGGAAUUGGCUCUUCUUGGGAACUAUGAAAGUUCGCUGACAUAUUACUCUGUCGGUCUUGCACAGCUUAAGAAUUUUACUGUAUCUAUUUCAGAAGCAAACAGAAAACAACAAUGGCAGACUGUGCGACAAGAACUGGCAGAUGAAUAUGAACUGGUAAAAGAUGUAAACCAAACCUUAUCCAGUUUCAAACUAUCUGAUGAUGAUUCAGGCUUGAGCGCUUUCGCUAGCCGUUACAAUUCUCGUGGAGCUGUUGAAGAACCAACUAGAGAUCCAGAUGUUUGGCCACCUCCACCACCUUUAGAUCGGAGGCAUGGCGGUGGCGCUCAGAACUCACCUUUGUCCAAUGUACAGAUUAAUGCUGUUCCUAGUUCAUAUUACAAAUCACCCAUUACUCAUGGCCCAGCUCCUUCUCCUUCUGUCAAUGUGAAGUCACCUGCUAAUGUUGGAGCAUCCGCACGUCGUCAAGCAAAACCUAAUCCUCCAAGUGCACGAUCUAAGGGCACAGCUCAGUCUUCCGUGAACAAUCGUCGUGCUAAGCCUGGAUCUCAGUCUACUGGAGACUCCGCCAACAACAAUAGUGAAGAAAAGUUUGAUGCAAGCGGAUAUGAUAAAGAUCUUGUAGAAACACUAGAAAGAGAUAUAGUUCAACGUAAUCCAAAUGUUCGAUGGGAUGAUAUAGCUGCAUUAGAUGAUGCAAAGCGUUUACUUCAAGAAGCUGUGGUUCUGCCAAUGGUUAUUCCCGGUUUCUUUAAAGGAAUUCGUAGACCAUGGAAAGGUGUAUUAAUGGUUGGCCCACCAGGUACCGGUAAAACACUGCUAGCUAAAGCGGUGGCUACAGAAUGCGGUACUACAUUCUUUAAUGUUUCCAGUUCUAGUUUAACAAGUAAAUGGAGAGGAGAGUCAGAGAAAUUAGUUAAACUUUUAUUUGAUAUGGCACGUUUCUAUGCUCCAAGUACAAUAUUUAUGGAUGAAAUUGAUUCAAUUUGUUCUCGACGCGGUAGUGAGUCAGAACACGAGAGUUCCAGACGAGUGAAAUCUGAACUUUUAAUUCAAAUGGAUGGAGUGACGGGUGCAACAGGACAAGAUGAAGAUCCAUCAAAGUCAGUAAUGGUUCUUGCAGCUACAAACUUCCCAUGGGACAUUGAUGAAGCCUUACGAAGACGUCUUGAAAAACGAGUAUAUAUACCACUGCCAAAUGUAGUCGCACGUAAAACUCUUCUGCAGAUCAACUUAAAAGAUGUUCCAUUAGCUGAUGAUGUAGACUUGGAUAAGAUAGCUGAACAGUUAGAUGGUUAUUCUGGCGCAGAUAUAACAAAUGUGUGCAGAGAUGCAUCAAUGAUGUCGAUGCGACGAGCUAUUGAAGGUCUUUCAGUUGAACAAAUUAAAGGUCUUAAUACUGCUACACUGAAUCAACCAACACAGAUGGCUGAUUUUGAAGAAGCUAUAAAUCGUGUAUGCAGAUCUGUUUCAGCCGGUGAUGUUGAACGUUACGAGAAGUGGAUGGCUGAGUUUGGUGCAACAUAAAGUUGAAGUAUUAAAUAUUCUAUCUAUCUCUCUCUCUGUCUUUAAAAUCUGCCUUUGAUGUUUGCCUAAUGUUUUCUUUUUAUGUCAAGCAAAAUAAUAUGCAAAUUCGAUAAACAGUAUAUUGUUGUGUCUUUUCAGAGAUGUGUUGUGAGCAGUUUAUUUCUUUCUUGAUACUUUAUAUAACUUUUAUCAAUAAUGCAUUAAAUAAGUUGAAGAGUUUUAUGUUUUAAAUAACUGGGCAUUUGAGGCAUUUAGCCUUAUAUAUAUAUAUAGUAAUACUAAUGAUAUUAAUACUAUUACCAUUAAACUUUAACUCUACAUUUCACAUAUCACCCUGCAUAGAAAUAUAUAAUAUAUAAUUCA